AUGCUCUCCGGACACACAGCCUCGUCGUUCGGCAAACCUUUGUCGCCGGCCACGUCUCGUGAAACGUACAGACAAAAUACAAUAAUACUAAAAAUGCAGUUGUCUCUGACGACGGAACCUCUAAGCGAGGUGCAACAAUUUGAAGAAUGCAGUUUACAGAGACGUUCCACAAGCGUGAUCCGUAAUAUUCAUCGUUUUGGCGAAGCAAAAGCGGAGAUAGCGGGAGCUAGAUCGCCCUCUCCCGCUCGACACUUGCACCCGCGCGCCGAGGCCAUUCAAAAGGAGUGUCCGUCGAUGCAUCACUACCCGCGUAAGAGCGGCGCCUACGUCGCGCGAUUUAUAGCGCACUAA